GCCGUGUUUUCGUAGCUUUCGUGACCUGGCUGCCGUGUCGCUUAUGUAUUUAAAAAACGAAAAUUGAAAGUUUUUACUUUUCAUUUUGCAAAUCAUCAGUAUUUAUUAUAUAUAUUUAUGACGUAAACGUGAACCAUAAGGGGUGCACAAAUUUUAAGUCAGCUAACUAACGGAAGAAUAUUAUUUGCUCUGGAUGGAAAGUAAUACAGAUGGUAAUGAGAGAGGUGUGUUUUGGGACCUACAUGUACCUUCCAAUAUGAAUAGUUUACCAAGAACACUUGGCAAUCAGAGGAUGCAGCAACAGCUGGGACAGGUUGUACGGGGGGUUAUACCUGGGGCUGGUCCUCAGGCAGAGUACCAUCCAAAUCCAUACCUGCAGCAUCUUUAUGCCAGAAAUGCUGGGGAAAAUACAAAUCAAGUAAGAGGAGAAAACCCCGAGGAAGUUAACAAUGCCCUAAGAGACCUAGAGGAACUACAGGAAGUUAUUUCUCAAAAUGAUACUGCUGAAGAUGAUAGGGAACAUACACAUGCUCAUGGACACACUCACCGACAAGGGAGGCAACAACAGCCUUUGGACUGGAAGAUGGUGUUUGGCUCUGCAGCAUUUGUUGUCAUACUUUUUCUCAGAUUGAUGGCUGACCAUAUUUUAGGAAUUCUUGUGUUUAUUGGCCUAUCAUUGGUAUUUUACUAUGCCAAUUUAAGAAUGAUUGAGAUAGUUCAUGUAACAUCACUCCGGGACAGUCAUGGUCAUGGAAAGGUGUUAAUAUCAUGUCUCUGGUUGAUAGUUUUCCUGUCUGCUCAAAUAUUUGGUAUUUAUUGGUUCUUCGAGGAUCAACAUUUAUGGAAAGUGUUUGUUUGGCAGUUACCUAGCAACUGGCAAGGGGAUUUGUUUGAUUUAUUCUGGGUGACCAUGAUUACAGAUCAUGUAGUUAGAUAUGCAGCAGUCAUUAUAAAAUGCCUUAUUGCAAUAACGCCGUCAUUAUUCCUACGCCAGAAGAAAAAGGGUAGAUUUUACAUGUUUAUAGAGAUUGUGAUACAGGCAUUUAGGAUGACGUUACCUAUACUACCGUGGGUCCAUUUCUUGUACGAUCAACCAAAGUCAGGGAAGCUGAUCUUCUCUGCAAUAUUAGCUGUGAUAUAUUUAAUUCUAAAGGGAUGGAGUUUCUUCCUGGAAUAUUUUAAAAUAGUGAAGGCAUUUAAAAUGCUUUUAGUUGAUACAAAAUUUGGUGUGCAGCCUUCAGCUGAGGAAAUAAAAUCUCGAGGAGAAAAUUGUCCAAUAUGUCAGGAUGACUACCAAGAUCCAGUUAUGUUGUCUUGUAAACAUAUAUUUUGUGAGAACUGUGUAUCUGUAUGGUUUGAUAGAGAGAAAACCUGCCCAAUGUGCCGAGCAGAAAUACAGUCUGAUAGUCCUGUAUGGCAGGAUGGUUCAACUAGUGCACAUCUACAGUGGUAUUGACACCAAGGUCAUGGGACUUUAAACGAGAUAGAUGACUUUUAUGUCAGUAAUCAAGAGAUGUGUUGUAAAUGAGAAUUGUUUAUGAACAGAAAUAAGUUUUGACUGGUAAAUACAAGGAAAGAGCUCUACUGUAUAGAAAUGAAGCAUUUAUCCUAGCCUUUAUUCCGCUAUGGGCUUGCCUUCUUUUGAACUUGGAGCUUUAUUGUUAAGGCUAAUGUUUAAUGUAUUUAAGUAUCAAAGUGGUUAAAACAAAGCAGCUUAUAGUAGAGUUUAUUCAGUCUGAGCUGAUGUGUAGGCCACCCUGACUUGACAUCUAUACUGGUGGCAUCUAGCAAGUCAUAACUGCUAAUUGAUCUGGCAUCAAGGUUAUAAAAAAAAUUCUAGUUCUGUCUCAAAUCUCAUGAUUUCAAUUGGUCAGUGUACAUUCUGCGGCAGUUUCUGACCAAUCAAAUGCCAGAAUUAUUUUUAUAACCUUGGACCCAUGGUGUUAAAAAAGUAGUCUGUGAUGUAAAUUUGUCCUAGCCUGAAGAAAAUUUAGCAACUGCUGUGUAGUUGAAGAAUGUACAUACUGAUUUUGAAAAGGUACAGUUUUUUUUUAUGGGACUAAAAAUUAGGGUUCCAAUAUUUAAACUUGUAAUCUCUUCUUCAUUGUAAAUAAAACAUUCCAUUCAUGACCAGAAAUAAAAGUUGACAAAUCAUAUGACUGUUUAAGAUAAUCAUUAUGUAAGACAAUACAUGUAUGUCUGUAUUGAAUAAUUAUCCCCCGCCGAUGGAAUCGGGAGGGGGAUAUAGUUUUGGCGUUGUCCGUCCGUCCGUCCGUCCAUUAAGGCUCCCACGUUUACAAUUUUUUGUAAACGUUUACACGAUUGCUAAGAACCGAAACGAUACCGUUUAAACGGUGGUACCUCUAUGUACUAUACACACCAUGUAUUUGAGUCGCCAAAUGAUGUCUUUCUUUCUAUUUUUUAUACAUGUACAAAUUGAGAAUGUGCAGGGCUCAUCACGAUUGAGUCAGUACACAUUUUCUGUAUUGUAUCUUCAUUUUUUACCAAAAAUCUAUUAUGUCAUGAGCAAUUUUGCACGGUAAUGCUGUGUGGAGGGUUGUAAACAACUAUUUUCCGUUUGUUUACUUUGGAAUAAACCACUGAAAUUGAUAAAAUCCUUGAUUACAGGCAAUGAUUAAGAAAUUUUGUAAGACAAUAUGGUCAUUUCGAUUAAACUGUAAACAAUAUCGUAAAGGUUCAUGAAUGAAAAUCGAAACGAAUCCGUUUAAACGUGUAAUCGUGGGGGCCUUACCGUCCAUCCGUCCGUGCGAAUUUCGUUUCCGGAGUAGUUCUCUACAACUACUGGCUGGAAUUCAACCAAACUUUAUGGGAAUCAUCAAUAUCAAGAGGAGAUGCGCAUAUCGUCAGCUUGUUCCGGUCCGACCCUUUAACUCAGAGUUAUGGCCCUUUAUUAAUUAUGUAGUAUGCAUAUAGAGUAAAAAUCGUUUUCGCACUACUUCUCUGCAACUACUGGCUGGAAUUCAACGAAACUUUAUGGGAAUCAUCAAUAUCAAGAGGAGAUGCGCAUAUCGUCGGCUUGUUCCGGUCAGACCCUUUAACUCAGAGUUAUGGCCCUUUAUUAGUUAUGUAGUAUGCAUAUAUAGUAAAAAUCAUUUCCGCACUACUUCUCUGCAACUACUGGCUGGAAUUCAACGAAACUUUAUGGGAACCUUCAAUACCAAGAGGAGAUGCGCAUAUCGUCGGCUUAUUUGGGUCAGACACUUGAAAUCAGAGUUAUGGCCCUUGAUUAGUUAUGCAAUAUGCAUAUGGAGUAAAAAUCGUUUCCGGAGUAGUUCUCUGCAACUAUUGGCUGGAAUUCAACGAAACUUUAUGGGAAUCAUCAAUAUCAAGAGGAGAUGCGCAUAUCGUCGGCUUGUUCCGGUCAGACCCUUUAACUCAGAGUUAUGACCCUUGAUUAGUUAUGAAGUAUGCAUAUAGAGUAAAAAUCGUUUUCGCACUACUUCUCUGCAACUACUGGCUGGAAUUCAACGAAACUUUAUGGAACCUUCAAUACGAAGAGGAGAUGCGCAUAUCCUCGGCUUGUUCGGGUCAGACACUUUAACUGAGAGUUAUGGCCCUUGAUUACUUAUGCAGUAUCCAUAUAGAAAAAUAUUUGUUUCCUCGCUACUUCUCUGCUACUACUGGCUGGAAUUCAAUGAAACUUUAUGGGAUACUAAGAGGAGAUGUGCAUAUAGUCGCCUUGUUCCAGUCAGAUACUUAUAACUCAGAUUUAUGGCCCUUGAUUAGUUAUGUAGUUUGCAUACAUCUCAUUGGCAUUUCCAGAUUUUACUAUUUAACACAAAGUUAUGGCUCUGUUAUUGCCCUGAAUAUUUAUCAAGUUCAAAGAAUAUUACUGUUUAUGCCAUGAUUAAUAUAUAAAUAAAGCCUUUUGUCUUCAGUUGUUGUGUUAAUAAUAACCAGUACUCGGCGGGGGAUAUAAAUUCAACGAAUUUGCUUGUUGUAGAUUUUUUUUUUUGGUGUUAUAAACUUUAAUUUUGUUUUCUUUGCUACUGGACAGUUUUAAUUUUCUUCUAUUUUUGUUUACAAAAUGCUUGUUUUAAAGCAGCAUGCCUCCAGAUUCAUGCUAAUUUUCAUGAAUUUUUUGAAAAUGUAUUUAAAAGUAAGUUAUUGUGAAUUGAACAAAGAAAGUAAUUUACACAUUGCAAACAGCAUGUUCAUUCCUCAGAAAUUACUUAAGAAGUCGAAAUAUGCAAAAUUAACUCUUACUGCAUUAGUUAUGCAGUAAAAAGAUGACAAUAAAUACUGCAAAAUCUGUUAUUUAUUGCAUAUAAUGUGUAAAUUAUUACUUGAAUUUUUUACUUUUCUCAAAAUUUAGUACAUUUUGCUUAAGUUUGUUGUGAAAUAUUUUGGCUCAUCAGGAGGGGUGCAUCAAAAAGACAAAAAAAAGCCUUAGCCACAAACUGAAAUUUAUGAGCAUGCUGCUGUAAAUGGUAAGAAAAUUAAUAUUUUAUACUGACUUCAGUAGUUAUUUUUGUCUAUAACAUGCUAUAAAGAGACAUGUGUAUUGUAUAUAUUCAUCCUGUGGAUAUGAUUUUGAUAAGUCCGCAUAGCAAUUUGUGUAAAUGGGGGGGGGGAUGUUCCUUGAGAGUAGUAUUAAAAUGAUUUUAUUAACCCUUUGUGAAAAAUGGCCGUUUUCAGUGAAAAGCCUCCUGUUACAAGUUCAAACUGCUAUGAAAAAUGCUUCAAUACUAAUCAAACUUGGCACAAAUGUUGACUGGACCAUUGCCUUUGUAAGGACAUGCUCGGUCUUAAAUUUCCUGUUACCAUGGCAACGAUGGAAAAUCUCAAAAUUGCCCAAAAUCAUUAUUUUGCCUCGAUUUUUUCCAUCAAAAUUUAUUUCAAAGUGCUUCAACUUCUCAAGGGAUUGAGAUAGAGUCAAAGGCUUUUCAGCGUUGGUUACAUGUUACCUUAUGAUCGAUCUGGGGUCAUUUUCAGCCUCUCACAAGUCCAAAAUUUUCUUGUCGAUAAGGGGGACUCUGCCCCCUUCAAACCCCAGAAACAGAAUGGGGCACAUCCCCCUUCUGGCAUCCCCCUGAUGUAUCUUUUGGAUGGGGGGCAGGGCCGAAAAAAGUGCUCACUUUUUUUAGCAACAUUUCUCGAACGAAAACAUGUGUUUGGGGCCCAUUUUUGUGUCGCCUCUACAGAGUAGUGGCGACAUAUAGGGAUCACUUCUCCGUCGUCUGUCUGUCCGUCCGUCCGUCCGUCACAAAACUUGUCCGGACUACUCCUCAUAAACUACUGGUGCAAUUUCAUCCAAACUUUACAGGAAUGAUCAGUACCAAGUCUAGUUGUGCAUAUUGUCAGCAUUUUCCGGUUCAAUGAUUUUUGUCAAAGUUAUGGCCCUUUAAUAAUUUUUAAUUUUAAAAUUUGUCCGGACUUCUUCUCUUAUACCACUAAUGCAAUUUCAAUGAAACUUUACAGGAUUGAUCUGUAGCUCAAGUCCUUGCGCAUAUUGCACGGGUUUUCCGGUUGAAUGAUUUUUGGCGGAGUUAUGGCCCUUUAAUAAAAAGGUAUCUUUUUCUGUGUGUUGCCAGAUACACAAAAGCUUGUCCGGACUACUCCUCAUAAACUACUGGUGCAAUUUCAUCCAAACUUUACAGGAAUGAUCAGUACCAAGUCUAGUUGUGCAUAUUGUCAGCAUUUUCCGGUUCAAUUAUUUUUGUUUGAGUUACGGCCCUUUAAUAAUUUUUAUUUUUAAAGUUUGUCCGGACUACUUCUCUUAUACCACUUAUGCAAUUUCAAUGAAACUUUACAGGAUUGAUCUGUAGCUCAAGUCCUUGGGCAUGUUGCACGGGUUUUCCGGUUGAAUGAUAUUUGGCCGAGUUAUGGCCCUUUGAUAAAAAGGUGUUUUUUUCUGUGUGUUGCCAGAUACACAAAAGCUUUUCCGGACUACUCCUCAUAAACUACUGGUGCAAUUUUAUCCAAACUUUACAGGAAUGAUCAGUACCAAGUCUAGUUGUGCACUGUCCGUCUGUCUGUCUGUCUGUCACAAAAUUUGUCCCAACAUGAAAUUGGCCAUCAUGAGGCGACACAUGUGAUUACUGAUCGCUCUUGUUU